AUGUAUCGCUGUGUGAUCCCGGCACCGCAGUGGAUGUAUUACUUCAUGGGAGGAGUAGAAGACUCUAACAUCGCCCUGUAUGCUAAUGGUGCCUUGCUGCUGUUCUAUUCUUCGUCGUUGUCAAUUGUGACCAUAGUCUUAAAUUUUCAGUUGAGUUGUUCUCAUAUUUUCUGUGUGUCAUGCAUUGACACUUGGUUUGAAAGCGAGAAUACAUGCCCAAUUUGUCGUGCCGUAGUGGCGAGAAAGGAUAACUCGUGGAAGAGUGGCGCUACAAGUAAAGGUAUCCGUUUGUGCUAG